AGCUUCGGGCGGAGUUUGGCGAGCUGCGAGGCGGUGUAGUCAGACGGCAGUGGUCUUGGGAGGCGACAGCUCGCGUCCGAGCUUCUCUCUGCUCCUCCGCCGCAUCCACUGCCGCGCCCCGGCCUCCCGCCAAUCCUCGAUGCAGAGCCGGGCGGCCGCGUGAUGGGGCUGCGGAGCGGCGCCCUGCGGCUCGCGGCGGCCGCUGCCUGCGCUGAGGUGCGUCGGUGCCCGGCCUCCCGCGCCCCUGCGCGCCGCGGCGUCUUCUGACUCGGCCGGCUCGCCCGUCGGUCCGGUCCGCAGCGCGGCUGAGGAACCUUGAACAUAACUUCAAAAGAAGAUUUGAAUUUUACUUCUGGACGGCAUAUCCAAGGUCAUCAGGAUGUCGGGAGCCUCAGUGAAGGUGGCUGUCCGAGUGCGGCCCUUCAAUUCUCGGGAGACCAGCAAGGAGUCCAAGUGCAUCAUUCAGAUGCAAGGCAACUCGACCAGUAUUAUUAACCCAAAGAACCCAAAGGAAGCACCAAAGUCCUUCAGCUUUGACUACUCCUACUGGUCUCACACCUCGCCUGAAGAUCCCUGUUUUGCAUCGCAGAAUCGUGUGUACAAUGACAUUGGAAAGGAAAUGCUCUUACAUGCCUUUGAAGGCUAUAAUGUUUGUAUCUUUGCCUAUGGGCAGACUGGUGCCGGGAAAUCGUACACGAUGAUGGGGAAACAAGAAGAGAGCCAAGCUGGAAUCAUCCCACAGUUGUGUGAAGAACUUUUUGAGAAGAUCAAUGACAACUGUAAUGAAGAAAUGUCUUACUCUGUAGAGGUGAGCUACAUGGAAAUUUACUGUGAGAGAGUACGAGAUUUACUGAAUCCCAAAAACAAGGGUAAUUUGCGUGUGCGCGAACACCCGCUUCUUGGGCCCUAUGUGGAGGAUCUGUCCAAGCUGGCAGUCACUUCCUACACUGACAUUGCUGACCUCAUGGACGCUGGGAACAAAGCCAGGACGGUGGCAGCUACCAACAUGAACGAGACAAGCAGCCGUUCCCACGCUGUGUUCACCAUUGUCUUUACCCAGAAGAAACAGGAUCCUGAGACGAACCUUUCUACUGAGAAGGUCAGUAAGAUCAGCUUGGUGGAUCUAGCCGGAAGUGAACGUGCUGAUUCCACCGGUGCUAAAGGAACGCGACUGAAGGAAGGUGCAAAUAUUAAUAAGUCUCUUACAACUUUGGGCAAAGUCAUCUCGGCCUUGGCAGAGGUGAGUAAAAAGAAGAAGAAAACUGAUUUUAUUCCUUAUAGGGAUUCUGUACUCACUUGGCUCCUUCGAGAAAAUCUAGGUGGCAACUCCCGAACUGCAAUGGUCGCUGCCCUGAGCCCAGCAGACAUCAACUAUGAUGAGACGUUGAGCACGCUGAGAUAUGCAGACCGUGCGAAACAAAUUAAAUGCAAUGCCGUUAUCAACGAGGACCCGAAUGCCAAGCUGGUUCGGGAGCUGAAGGAGGAAGUGACCCGACUGAAGGACCUUCUCCGAGCUCAGGGGCUGGGAGAUAUUAUCGAUAAUCUGAAAGAUUUUCAGAACAAUAAGCAUAGGUACUUGCUAGCCUCUGAGAAUCAACGCCCUGGCAAUUUUUCCACAGCAUCCAUGGGGUCCCUUACUUCAUCUCCAUCUUCAUGCUCACUUAAUAGUCAGGUGGGCUUAACAUCUGUGACCAGUAUUCAAGAGAGGAUCAUGUCUACACCUGGAGGGGAGGAAGCCAUUGAACGUCUGAAGGAGUCAGAGAAGAUCAUUGCCGAGUUGAAUGAAACCUGGGAAGAGAAACUUCGUAAAACAGAGGCCAUCAGAAUGGAGAGAGAAGCUUUGUUGGCUGAGAUGGGAGUUGCCAUACGGGAAGAUGGGGGAACACUUGGCGUUUUCUCACCUAAAAAGACUCCACAUCUUGUUAACCUCAAUGAAGACCCACUGAUGUCAGAGUGUUUGCUCUAUUAUAUCAAGGAUGGAAUUACAAGGGUUGGCCAAGCAGACGCAGAGCGGCGCCAGGACAUAGUGCUGAGCGGGGCCCACAUCAAAGAAGAACAUUGUAUCUUUCGGAGUGAGAGGAACAACACUGGCGAAGUUGUUGUGAUGUUGGAGCCCUGCGAACGCUCAGAAACGUAUGUGAAUGGCAAGAGGGUGGCCGAUCCCGUGCAGCUGCGCUCAGGGAACCGUAUCAUCAUGGGUAAAAACCAUGUUUUUCGUUUUAACCACCCUGAGCAAGCACGAGCAGAGCGGGAGAAGACCCCCUCUGCAGAGACCCCCUCCGAGCCUGUGGACUGGACGUUUGCACAGAGAGAGCUUCUCGAGAAACAAGGAAUUGAUAUGAAGCAGGAGAUGGAGAAAAGGCUUCAGGAAAUGGAGAUCCUUUACAAAAAGGAGAAGGAGGAAGCUGAUCUUCUUCUGGAGCAGCAGAGACUGGACUAUGAGAGUAAAUUGCAGGCCUUGCAGAGGCAGGUUGAGACUCGAUCUCUGGCUGCAGAGACAACGGAAGAGGAGGAGGAGGAGGAGGAAGUUCCUUGGACACAGCAUGAAUUUGAGCUGGCCCAGUGGGCGUUCCGGAAGUGGAAGUCUCACCAGUUUACUUCGUUAAGGGACCUGCUCUGGGGCAAUGCGGUGUACCUGAAGGAAGCCAAUGCCAUCAGCGUGGAACUGAAGAAAAAGGUGCAGUUCCAGUUUGUUCUGCUGACAGACACGCUGUAUUCCCCUUUGCCUCCUGAAUUACUUCCCACGGAGUCGGAGAAAACUCACGAGGACAGACCUUUCCCUCGGACAGUGGUGGCGGUGGAAGUCCAGGAUCUGAAGAACGGAGCAACACAUUAUUGGUCUUUGGAUAAACUCAAGCAGAGACUGGAUCUGAUGCGAGAGAUGUAUGACAGGGCUGGGGAGGUGGCCUCCAGUGCCCAAGACGACAGCGAGGCGACCAUGACUGGCAGCGAUCCAUUCUACGACCGCUUCCACUGGUUCAAACUUGUGGGAAGCUCCCCUAUUUUCCACGGCUGUGUGAAUGAGCGCCUUGCCGACCGCACACCCUCCCCCACUUUUUCCACGGCCGAUUCCGACAUCACUGAACUGGCCGACGAGCAGCAGGAUGCCAUGGAGGACUUUGAUGAUGAGGCAUUCGUGGAUGACACCGGCUCUGACGCAGGGACGGAAGAGGGAUCAGAGCUCUUCAGUGAUGGGCAUGACCCAUUUUACGACCGAUCCCCUUGGUUCAUUUUAGUAGGAAGGGCAUUUGUGUACUUGAGCAACCUGCUGUAUCCGGUGCCCCUGAUUCACAGGGUGGCCAUUGUCAGUGAGAAGGGGGAAGUGCGGGGAUUUCUUCGCGUGGCUGUGCAGGCCAUCGCAGCUGAUGAAGAAGCUCCUGAUUAUGGCUCUGGAAUUCGACAGUCGGGAACAGCUAAAAUAUCUUUUGAUAAUGAAUAUUUUAAUCAGAGUGACUUCUCUUCAGCUGCAAUGACUCGUUCUGGCCUGUCCUUGGAGGAGCUGAGGAUUGUGGAAGGACAGGGCCAGAGUUCUGACGUUAUCAGUCCUCCAGAAGAAGUCAGUCGGAUGAAUGACUUGGAUUUGAAGUCAGGCACUCUGCUGGAUGGGAAGAUGGUGAUGGAAGGAUUUUCAGAAGAGAUUGGUAACCACCUGAAACUGGGCAGUGCCUUCACUUUCCGAGUCACUGUGCUCCAGGCCAGUGGGAUCCUUCCAGAGUAUGCAGACAUCUUUUGUCAGUUCAACUUUUUGCAUCGGCAUGAUGAAGCGUUCUCCACUGAACCCCUCAAGAACAACGGAAGAGGAAGUCCCCUGGGCUUUUACCACGUACAGAAUAUUGCGGUGGAGGUCACAGAGUCGUUUGUGGACUACAUCAAAACCAAGCCCAUCGUAUUCGAGGUCUUUGGGCAUUACCAGCAGCACCCACUUCAUCUGCAAGGACAAGAUCUUAACAGCCCACCUCAACCGUCUCGAAGAUUCUUCCCCCCACCCAUGCCACUCUCCAAGCCAGUUCCAGCUACUAAGUUAAACGCCAUGAACAAAGCCAGCCUCGGGCAAAGCAUGAGCAAGUACGACCUUCUGGUUUGGUUUGAGAUCAGUGAACUGGAGCCUACUGGAGAGUAUAUUCCAGCUGUGGUUGACCAUACAGCAGGCCUGCCCUGUCAGGGGACAUUUUUGCUGCACCAGGGCAUCCAGCGACGGAUCACAGUGACUAUUAUCCACGAGAAGGGCAGUGAGCUCCACUGGAAGGAUGUCCGUGAGCUGGUGGUCGGUCGCAUUAGGAAUCAGCCUGAGGUACAUGAAGCAGCAGUUGACGCUAUCCUCUCCCUAAACAUCAUCUCCGCCAAGUCCCUGAGGUCCUCCCACAGCUCCAGCAGGACCUUCUACCGUUUCGAGGCCGUAUGGGACAGCUCCCUACAUAACUCCCUCCUUCUGAACCGAGUGACGCCCUAUGGAGAGAAGAUCUACAUGACCUUAUCUGCUUAUCUGGAGUUGGAUCAUUGCAUCCAGCCGGCUGUCAUCACUAAGGAUGUGUGCAUGGUCUUCUAUUCCCGAGAUGCCAAGAUCUCACCACCACGUUCUCUGCGAAACCUCUUUGGGAGUGGCUACUCAAAGUCACCAGACUCCAACCGAGUAACUGGAAUCUAUGAGCUGAGCUUAUGUAAAAUGGCAGAUACUGGGAGCCCAGGCAUGCAGAGGCGGAGGAGGAAAGUCUUGGAUACCUCGGUGGCAUAUGUGCGGGGAGAGGAGAACCUAGCGGGCUGGCGGCCUCGUGGAGACAGUCUCAUCCUGGAACACCAGUGGGAGCUGGAGAAGCUGGAACAGCUGCAUGAGGUGGAGAAAACUCGACACUUCCUGCUGCUUCGGGAGAGACUUGGUGACAGCAUACCCAAGUCUCUGAGUGACUCGUUGUCCCCCAGCCUCAGCAGUGGGACCCUUAGCACCUCCACCAGCAUCUCUUCUCAGAUCUCAACCACCACCUUUGAAAGUGCCAUCACACCGAGCGAGAGCAGUGGCUACGACUCAGCGGACAUUGAAAGCCUGGUAGACCGAGAGAAAGAACUGGCUACAAAGUGCCUGCAGCUUCUCACGCACACUUUCAAUCGAGAGUUCAGCCAGGUCCACGGCAGCAUCAGUGACUGUAAGCUGUCUGACAUCUCUCCAAUUGGACGGGACCCCUCUGUAUCCAGUUUCAGCAGUUCCACCCUCACACCCUCCUCCACAUGCCCCUCUCUGGUGGACUCCAGGAGCAGCUCUGUGGAUCAGAAGACCCCAGAAGCCAACUCUCGUGCCUCUAGUCCCUGCCAAGAAUUUGAACAGUUUCAGAUCGUCCCAACUGUGGAGACACCCUAUUUGGCACGAGCAGGAAAAAAUGAAUUUCUCAAUCUUGUUCCAGACAUUGAAGAAGUCAGAGCAGGCUCCGUGGUAUCUAAGAAAGGAUACCUGCAUUUCAAAGAGCCGCUUUCCAGUAACUGGGCUAAACAUUUCGUUGUGGUUCGUCGCCCUUACGUCUUCAUCUACAACAGUGACAAGGACCCAGUAGAGCGUGGCAUCAUCAACCUGUCCACAGCACAGGUGGAGUACAGCGAGGACCAGCAGGCCAUGCUAAAGACACCUAAUACUUUUGCUGUAUGCACAAAGCACCGUGGGGUCCUUCUACAAGCUCUCAAUGACAAAGACAUGAACGACUGGUUAUACGCCUUUAACCCACUUCUGGCUGGCACAAUAAGGUCAAAACUCUCCCGCAGAUGCCCGAGCCAGCCAAAGUACUGAGCGAGUGUUCUGCAUCUUGCUCACCUUCGACAGAUAAAGAAAGUGUUACCUCUCAUUCUCUUUGUGAUUCUUGACGCUUAUUCUUGUAUGUAAUCCUGUGGCUUAACGACUUUCCCUCGUCCUCCCGCACUUCUCUAGUUCUCCUGUUCCCUUUCUCUGCGGCUCUGUACUCUUCUUAUUCUUGUGCUAAGACUUGUAGCAUGUGGCCUAACAAAGGGGAACACAGCCACUCCACACUCAUAACACUCACACUCACACACCCUGAGGGGACCCAGCACAUCUCCAGAUAGUUUUCCUGUGGACUUCAGCUUCCUUUUGGAUGAUAGGUCCCCUUCAUGGUCACUGUCUGGCUGUUGUCUCUGUAUAGCUCUGAUUUUCAGGGUAACUUCUCUGUCUCUUUUUUUCCCCCUUUGAUAAUCUACUUUUUUCUGGGUGGUUUAUAGACUAAGGGAGGAGACAUUUGGUACUGUCAGCCAGGAGAAAAAAAACUUGGUUCAUUCGUUCGUUUUCUCUCUCUCUGUGUGUGUCUCUGUCUCUCUCUCUGUCUCUCUGUCUCUCUCUGUCUCUCUGCCUCUCUCUCUCUGUUUCUCUCUUUGGUGGGUAAUCUGUGUGUUUCCAUCCAUUCAGGGAAAGCACUGUGGGACAUUCUCUGUCUAAAUCAGGGAUCAGAGCAUGGAUUUGUAGAGUAGAUGGUGCAGAGGGCCUUUUGUGGUAGGCCUGCCGCAGAGGCUGCUGCUGGCCCUGUGAGGCUCAGGCCACUGCCGUGGAUGGGGCAGUAGGUCACAGGGUGAGAGAUAAGGACUGGCUGUAGCUCUUCACAGUGGGGUUCUGCAAACUGUCUCCUCACUGGGAAGGAGGCUUUGUCUAAGAGCUUCCCAGCCCUGUCCUUAGCAUUACUGUUUGGAAUUAUGUGAUGUCGUGAACAGAUUUCCCACAAGGGGGACUGGGGAGUGUCUGACUUUUGGUGAUAGCCUGGACCAUUAUUGCUUUGAGAGUGCUGAGUGCAGCUUGCGGUUGUCUACCCCCUUUGAUCAAAGACUCGUAGCUUCAGCAUAAAUCUUGAGGGCUCCAUCUAAACCCACUGGCCAUUUCCAAUAGUACUUGUCUGCACAUGAGCAAACAUGGCAUUGUUUUCUGGAUGCCAGAACUGACCAGUCCUCACCACCACUCCAAACAAAUCGGAAGACAUUUAGGGCCAAAAAAGAUUGUCUCCCAGCCGCCCUGUAGUUUGCUACUGGAUCAUGACAUGCCCCCUGACCACUGUCCCUGUGUGGUUUGGAAAUACUCCCUUAGGAAGAAUUCACUGCUACCGUUUUUCUGUGGCUUCUAACACAUCAGGUCUCCAGGGUCAAGAGGUUAUCAUAGAAAAUAAUGCUCUUCCUGCAGUAAGUGUUGGGGACUGAGCAGGGCACAGCAUGCCCGCUGGGGCUGCUUGAGUUGCUGUGCGAGUGACUGGGGGCUCAUUCACACUGCUGUUACCUGGCCUCGCCAGUCUGAGCGUCACUCACACCCAGGAAGGCAUCUGAUCCACUCCACUCUGCGAAGGUGCCUGGCUACCUGAGGGUAGAGCAGGAAUGGAUUUCCUUCGGGUCAGGAGCUCCUCUCCAGCUGCUGAGCAGCACUGGGGUGAGCAUGCAGCCCCUUGCUUCUGACCUCAGUGGGGCUUCUCUCUGGGGAACAGGCCUUCGUUACAGUCGCCUGGCAAAGAAAGGAGAAGUAGACCAUGGAGCAAAGAAAGGGCAGAGAUCAGCCUCUUCCUACUGAAAAGAUGAUCAACUCUGGUGGACGUUUAAAACUUUCUUUCUCUCCUUAAAGUAUAGGUUACUAACUGUAAUGUUACUUGUUUUCUAAGCAUAUAUAUGAGAUUUUUAAUGUAGUUAGAAGUCUCUGUUGUCUGAUGGACACAACAUGUCCUUCUGAUGUAUACUCAAAUUCAGCAGGCUCUGUCUAUGCUUGUAGACAGUUUCCUGGACCAGAAUUAAAUCUAAUUUCAGGGAAACAAAGAUCAAAGGUGGCUUUUAAACUGAAUCACUGACGUUGCUGCUGUUAGGACGGUAGAGGGAAGGAUCCGUGUCUGUGCUGAGAGGGGUGGAGCCUGAGGGAGGGUGACAGUGGCACACGAAACCCUGCCAUGGCUUGGGUUUUCUUUUAACUCAAACAAAACUGGUUUAGAAAGUCUUUGCUUUGCAAAUAUCAAAUGUUAGCAUGAGCCAAACUGGACCACUCCUUGAUCAGAUUCCCCCAUAAGGAGGCUUCAUUACAACGCCAGGGAAAGCAAGGUUGGAGCUUGGGCACGUGUGCUUCUACCUGCCAUUGCUGGGACCCCUCUUGCCGUAAGGCCCACGAUCAGGUCAGAAUCGGAGCAUUUGGGGAUUUAUGUUCUGUUUCCAGACAAGGCCACCGCUACUCCGAAGCUCUGAUGAGAAAGGAUUUUUAUGGCAGGACCUGUUCAUGAGAUUUUUGUGGUUGCAAGGAAAUUAAGACAACUAAACUUUAAAGAAACUAUUUUUAAGGUAAUUUUUUUAAUUUUUCAAAGCACUCCUUUAAACAAAAACCUACAAGGAAAACAUACAAAUUACAGAAAAGUGAGUGCUGUUUAAAAUGAAUUCGCCUCCCCCUUCCUUUACGUCUUUAUCCUCCUUCUUCCCAAGCAAAUAUAGCUUCAUAUCUGUCCCCUGCCAGUGCUCAGGCCUUGCCUGCUUCUGGGACACUACCCUGGGAGUCAGCCAGCUCUCAGUCCCAGACUGCAGGGACCAGGCAGUCCCCGCACCAGGCCAGGCAGGAGCACAGGCCAGACUGCUUCUGAGCAGACCCCCAUCUCCAUCCGUAAGCAAGAAGCUUGGUGAGGUGAGAGCUGAAGAAACCAUUAUUUUUUUCCCUUCAGCUCUGUGAAAUUUAUAUACCUAUUAAUUUUUUUAACUUUUUAAAAUCUUAUUUAGAUGAAGGAAUGAAUGGUUAUGAAAGGUGUUUGGGGUCUAAAACCGUGAUUUUUUUUCCUGGCACAUAUUUCAAAGCAUAGACUUUGUUACCUGCUGCUUCUUGUCUAAUUUACAGGAAUAUUUAAUUUUUUGUAAGGUAUUUGUAUAUUUAUAUGGCUGUAAUGAAUUGCACAUUGGAUGAAAGGGGAAGGUUCUGCCCUGUGCGGCUCUGCUGGGACUUGCAUUUCCUUGGGUGUCGUGCUUUGGCUCUUCCAAACAGUACCAGGGUGCCUGGUUUGUUUAGUAUGGGUCCAUCGCUUUUCAUUUGGGUUCCUUUCGGAAAAUGUAAUCUUUAACUCGCUCUGUGAGAAGAGAAGAAUAACUGUGUUGCUGCUCUUGGAAAGUCUGCUUUUGAGUGAACUCUGGCACUGUGUUCUGCAGCCACCCACCAUGACCUGUGACCCCCCCAGGAGUGAGUAAGACCACGACCAUGGAGCAAGUCAGAGAGCAUCAGCUGAGAGAUAAUUGCUGUUAGUUCAAAAGGCCAUUUAUGAAGUAGAUAUUUGAGCUCUAAAAAAAAAUCUUAAGAGAGCCCCUAAUUACUUAAAAAAAUAAAUUUAAGAAAAAAAAUUAAGAAUCGAUACAGAUCUGGUGUUAAAAACUCACAGGCAGAGGUCAGGGGUGUGGCCUGGCAGCAGAGCCCUUGGCGGUUGUAUGUGAUGCCAUCAGUUCAAUCCCGGUACUGCAGACCAGACAGAAAGCCUCACGGCAGACAGCUGCUCAGACAGGAAGGCCAGGCAGGGGCUGGUCUUGUGCCAAAUCCUGGAUGUUACAUGUUGUCGUGUGUUUAGUGGAUUCUUCUCAUGCUCUGUGUUCUGGCAUCAGCUCACCCGAGGACCACCAGCCUCCUCAUGUUUAAGGUUGUCGUGGACUUUGUGGCUCUCACGUGCCUGUGUGUUGCGAGUGGAACCUCCCGUGAUCACCCCACGCUAUACCAGAAUCCAUGAAGCAUAAGUGGCCUUUCUGAACCAAGACUUUGCAAACUGAUCUCUCCCCAGGGAAGGAGUUGAGCACAAGCAACAAUGUACAUUAUUAAUUUUGGAUUUCAUUUUCAUGUUUGAUUUUGUAAAUAUCUAAUGUUUGGAGCUUGAGUAUACAAAAUGUAAAUAAGUUCUUGUAUUUGUACUAAUCCUGAUUCUUUUGCUGUAUAGCCCGACAUGUGUAAUGCAGACAUUAUCUAACUGUGUAUGGUAACCUUGCAUCACAGAACUGCUAGUGAACGAGGUAAAAAUAAUAAAGGUACAACCAGUGCAUCACGUCA